UUCUCUCUACAUCUUUUUUUCUCUCUUUAGACUUCAUUAAAUUUCAUCUGGUUUUGGUAAAACCCAACAAAAAUGGUAGGUGUGUGUAGUAUGUGUGGCGAUGUGGGUUUCCCAGACAAGCUCUUCCACUGUUCAAAGUGCCGCAACCGAUUCCAGCACUUCUACUGCAGCAAUUACUACAGCGAAUACGCGGAGCCAAUCGAGAUUUGCGAUUGGUGUCAAUGCGAGGAAAGGAACCCAUCAUCAUCCUCAUCAAGGAAUAACAAGCAUGCAAAUGAAGCGAGGAAAAUUAAGCAACAAAGGAGCGACCACAAGCCCACCGGAAAAACCCCCUCGCCACGACCCUCCGCCCGCAGUUGCCCAAUUAAAGUGAUUCUCUCGGCAGACUAUUGUGAAGGACGUCUCAGAUCGUUUGGAAGAUCCAUAACCGCUGCAAAGCAAUUCUGCCGUUCAAUUCUAGAUGGAUCAAUGUACGCUUCUGUUCUACAGUUUGUGCUCCUUCUCUGUUAUUCUUGGUUAAUUAUCAUAGAGAGCUUUAUGCAAUUGUUCAUUCAAUUAUUCCAACAAGUGGUAUCUGAGUCACUCUAUUGAUGAUUCUCUGAUAAUUGAAAAAUGAGAAUUAAGG